AUGGACCAUCAAAAGGAGGCGUGGAUCAUCUCUGGGCCGUCACUGCUAUGUCCCGAGUCUGUCGUCGAAAUUGAAAAGAACUGCAAGUGCAAGCUGAAUAUCGUUAUCCAAGUCGUCGGAAGCCGAGGCGACGUGCAACCCUUCAUUGCCUUUGGAAACGAACUCCAGCGAUGGACACCGUGUGUGACUAGCUACGCACAGUGUGUUCGAAAGCUUCGUCAGAAAGUCAGAGUUGGAAUUCUACAUUCUACCCAUUGUGUGCAGGCGUCGAGCAUCCCGGUGCAUUUAAUGUUCACUAUGCCCUGGAGUAGCACUGAAUCUUUUCCACACUCACUGGCGAGUAUGAGCGGCGGUAAUGCAGACGAAAGUUUGAAGAAUUAUGUUCCUUACGGCGUGGUUGAUUGGCUUACAUGGCAAGUCUCCCUUUGCUUCCUGCUCUCUUCAAGGGAGUUCUUCGACAUCGUUGGGCUACAGUACUAA